UACCAGCCAAACUCUCAGGUCUGAGGAGGACUUUCUGGUGGCUUUUCCUCUUCCAACGCAUGAACACCAUCUGAAGCAGCGGUCCCAAAGAUUGCACUGCAUCCUGCCCCUACAGUGCAAUGAGCUCACUCGGCCUGUCCCCCUUGUUAUAUUCCCUCAUCGUCCUACAAGUCUGCUUUUCCAGCCAGUUGGAAGACAACAAGAUCCCUCCCAGUCUGUGCACCGGCCACCCUGGCAUCCCAGGCUCUCCCGGGAUUAAUGGCGGUCCCGGUCAGCCGGGAAGAGACGGAAGAGACGGGAGGGACGCCGCUCCAGGAGAGAAAGGGCAGAAGGGGGACCGGGGAGAUCCAGGUGAGACUGGAGUGCGAGGCCUGACUGGAGACAAAGGUUACCCUGGAGAAAAAGGGGAGAGGGGCCAGCCAGGGGAGUGCGCAGUGGCUCCUAAAUCAGCGUUUAGCGUCAAGCUGUCUCAGAGCCACGCUUUCCCCCUGAGUGUUGCCGACGCGGUCCUCUUUGACACGAUACUCCUCAACGAGCAGGGCGAUUACAACGCAGAGACGGGCCGCUUCACCUGCAAAGUCCCCGGAGUCUACUACUUUGCCGUCCACGCCACCGUGUACCGUGCCAGCCUGCAGUUCGACCUGAUGAAGAACGGACACGCCGUGGCGUCGUACUUCCAGUAUUACGGCAACUGGUCCAAGCCGGCCUCUCUGUCCGGCGGCACCAUGCUUCACCUGGUCCCGGGGGACCAGGUGUGGGUCCAGAUGGCCCUCUCUGAGUACAACGGCUUUUACUCCAGCACCAAGACCGACAGCACCUUCACCGGCUUCCUGGUCUACUCAGACUGGAAAAACUCGGCCGUUUUUGCAUGAGGUGUCUGUAAAACACACGGUUUUUCUUUAUUGCUUUUUGCGGUUUGAGGAGCUCAGCACAAAGACAGAUGAGCUGGCAGUCACACAGAGCGACAUCCAUUUCCCCUCACAGAUGUCGCACGCUGGCCUGUGGAAAGACCCGGGCCUUAAAUUCCAAAUAGCCAUCGCUGCGCCGCAUGAAAUGAAACAUUAAUAAAUCUUGUAGAGCACAUAAAAGGCCCUCGAUGAUCAUGCUUUCUGCCAAAUGUUAGGCGAGAAAGUGACAGAUGAGAACAAUUUGCCGAGCCGCUUCACGGUAAACGUGAGCACGGCAGAUUCGGACGCAAUUUAUGUGCAAAUUCAAACCACAGCAGAGAUUUCAGUGCGUUUCAGGCCUUCUUUUUUAGAAUAUAAAUAUAAGUCCAGCAGAUAUUUCUAUUGAGGAUUGGCUUUGAAUAUGAAACCUGCAAAUAUGGAUGGAUGAAUGUGUUAUUUAGAUCACUGGGCAGUAAAAUUCAAAACAAAAAACAAGUCAGGAAAGUGCAAAUAUUUUUUAUGCUCAAUGCCUGGAAAACACUUUAGGUACAUUUUACACCAACUGCACAGGAACUCUGUACACUGAUUAAUAAACUACAGGAAAAAAAUCCAGAGUGUGAGAAAUGCUUAAAAGACUCUUCUACACAUAAAAGUACAUUAUCCAUCACACAGAGAGGUUUGUUUGCUUCUUGGAUAAUUUGAGUAAAUUUAUAAGACACGACACUGUCAUGUAAAUUUAAACUUCAUCUCCCCAAACACACAUUUGAACUUGAGAGGGCCCCCGUUUUUAAAUCCCCUGGGGACGUGGUCUCCUGAGCAGAACAUUAAUAAUGCAUUCUUGUCAUUGCAUUUAGACUCUUGUAAUGUUUUUUUUUUUUCUAGCCUUCCCUGAUCAUUAAUUUCACAUCUGCAAGCUGAUCAGAACCCAGCAGUCAGACUUCUUACUAAACCCAGUAAAGACUCUCACAUCACCCUGGUUUCAUGCUCUCUUUAUUGGCUCCAUGUUGAUGUUAAAAUUCAGUUUAAAGCGCUUGGUCUCACCCGCAGGGCUCUAAACGACAAGGCUCCUAAACUGUGGAUCGGUUUUUUGGUCCCACACAUUCCCUUCGCUGACUCUGUGGACACAUUUGUUCUGACAGGCUUCUGUCUUCAUUUUAUCGUUCUUCUUUAUGCUUGUUUCUACACUCCAUACAGCAUAAAUGUGAUUUGUGCUUUACAGCUCUUUGGGACUUUGUGUCUGUGAAAGGCACUUUAUCAACUUAGCAUUUCCUUCUAUCAGGCUGACAUCAGGACGGAUUAAUUAAAGGCCAGUCAUUACUUUGCAUUCUGGUCCACAGCCAUGCUGGAAGAGGAAGAAGCUGUUCCCACGAAGCUGGGAGCAUGGCACUGUGCCUCGGCUUCCUUUGACUUCCCGAUGUUUUUUAUGAGACCUUCAACAUAGAGAAAACUGGACUUAUAGCACAGGCGGCAUCCUAUCCACUCAGAUCGACCCGUUCUUUUAUAAAUGUUUGCAGAAACAGUCUGCAGGUCUGGGUGCUGGAUUUUUUUUUACAUCUUGACAGUGACCCAAAUGAAUGCCCCUGUAGCUCUAGAUGCGCAGAAGUAAAAGAGGAUGGAUCGCGUGAUCAAUACGAGGUGGUCAAAGGUGUUUCGGCAAUAAUUUCCUCUGAAUUCAGGGAGUUUCAGCAGCUACGAUACGUUAGCUUAUCUCAACGUCAACUUCUGCGCUCACUGUGUUCAAAGGCUGUCCUGUUAGUCUGACCAGACAAUGAACCCAACACUAAAAAAACACCUUCACGACAAGUUAUGCAACAAAUUUCAACAAAUACUUAAAACUUCAAGAUGAAAAGUUUGAAUGUCAUUUUAACGUUGCAUUGUAUCCGGUUUUGUAAAUAUAUGAUCCUUUUUUUGUAAACAGUGGAUAAAUAUAGGGGAUUAAAAAAAAAUUGCCUCUUUUGUUUCAAAGAAAAUGCUUACAGUUGGUUUAGGAUCAGAUGAUGUCAGCAAAAGCACUUUGUUGCUUUUUAUUCCGACUCAUCAAUGACUGGUGAAUAAAUGGGAAAUAUUAAUUUUCCGCGGUA